AUGGCAGCUGAAAAUUACUCUGUGAACAAUGUACAGAGCUUUAUAAUCACUGGAUUUGAUCACCUCCAGAAUCAAAAGCUCCUCGGAUUCCUCAUCUUAUUAACCUACAUGCUCAUACUGCUUGGGAAUGGAAUUAAUCUGUGUGUCAUUUCUAUUAACAGACAUUUACACAAACCAAUGUACAUUUUAAUCUGUAAUCUAGCCAUUGUUGACAUAAUAUUCUCCUCUACCUGCAGCACAACCAUGAUCUCAGUGCUGCUGGCUGAGAUUAAAACUGUUUCAUAUUACUCUUGUAUCUCAAGGACAUACUUUUAUCAUCUCGGUGAUAUCACAGUAUGCUUGGCUCUGACAUUGAUGGCAAUAGACCGACUUAUUGCGAUCAGGCUUCCAUUAAGGUACCACAGCAUUGUUACAAAUUCACGAACAUUUCUGCUUAUUUCACUAACUUGGCUCAUUGGUUUUGCUAUAAUGGGUGUUGUGAUAUCAGUGAUAGAUAGCGUCCCAUACUGUCAGCCUGUCAUCAGAUAUGUGUUCUGUGAUUAUCCAUCUAUGAUCAGAGCUGCUUGUGUUAAUCCUGAACCCUAUUUUUUCUUGCCUGCAAUGAUCAGUCUUUGGUUGCUGUGUGGGCAGUUUCCCUUUAUUCUGUGUACCUAUGCUGUCCUGGCUUACAGCGUUACUAGACUCUCCAACAACUCAAACAAAAAGCAAAUGAUCAGCACCUGCUCCAGUCAUCUCAUUGUCUUGUUUAGUUAUUAUGCACCAAAGCUGGUCUCUGUUUUACUAACUCGAAUAGGAGUCGUGCUAAGCUUAACAGACAGAAACGCAGUAACAAUCAUAGCCUCUCUUGUUCCUUCAUUAAUAAACCCCACUGUUUAUUGCACCAGGACUAAAGAGAUCAGGAAACGAUUAGCUGAUGUAUUUUUGCACAAAAGAAUUGUACCGAAUCACUUAAAGGCUGUAUCGUAAAUAAUAUUAUAUGAUAAAAUUAUAUAAUAUUGUAUUAAAUAUCAUGGGUGAUUCUGAAGAUGUUGGUGAUGCAAGGUGAUUGACAUUCAUAUUUUAUGCUAUGUUUACAGCAGUGGUGA